AUUGUGCAAUUCUCUGCAAUCAUGCUUGGCUAUAUUAUUCUUUCCUAUUCUUCAAAGUUUGCAUUCACAGACCGAUUUCUCUUCCAAUGCGGUUCCUUUAGGCACAACUAUCCGUCAAAGAACCAGGCCCAUUCCCGAAUUUCUCCCUCUGUUUUCCCGUAGAAUUGCAAAACUAGUUCUUACAUCUGCGGAUUAUACUGAUUAAACAUAAAUAACCAAAAAUGAGAUGGCUUGUUUGCAACAUGGAAAGGAAAAUUAGCCAAGUGGUUUCAAGAAAUUGUCCGUCUGGUGGCUGAGAAAAUGUAGGAAAGGCGGAGACUUGAAAGCUAAAAUUUUACGUUCAGCUUUAUACAGAGAAGGGGGGAGGGUGAUAAAGGAGAAAUUUUUCACCAAUGGCAAAUCGGAUGAAGGAAGACGAGAGAGUUGAAAGAAUUAUCCGCGGCCUUUUGAGGCUUCCUGAGAAUAGAAGAUGCAUCAAUUGCAACAGUUUGGGACCACAAUAUGUUUGCACAACUUUCUUGACGUUUAUUUGCACAAACUGCAGUGGAGUGCAUCGGGAAUUCACUCAUCGUGUAAAAUCAGUAUCGAUUGCUAAAUUCAGUGCUGAAGAAGUUAGUGCUCUUCAAGCAGGGGGAAAUGGGCGAGCAAGGCAGAUUUAUUUCAAAUCUUGGGAUACUCGGCGUCAACCUUACCCUGAUGCAAGUAAUAUUCAAAGACUUCGGGAUUUUAUUAAGGGUGUCUAUGUGGAUAGAAAAUACACCGGAGAGAUGAGUAUGGACAAGCAGCUUCCUAGACUGAGAUUGAAUGAAAAGAAGGAAUCUUAUGAAAGCACAAAAGUUCAAGCAUAUCGUGGUGGGUCUAGAAGCUCUGGUUAUGAGGACAGAUCUAGUCCUGGUCAGAGAAGUGAGGAUGGAAGUUUCAAAUAUCAUUAUGAUGAAAGAAGACGUCUUCAAUAUUCCCAAGAAAAUUCAAGAUACGGAGGUUUCAGGAGAAACCCUGUCCGCUUAGAGAUUGUUGAUGACAGGUUUCGAGAAAAUGAGCAUGGAUCCCGUAAGUCCUCAAAAUUUCCAAAGAACACAGAUAGGUCCCGUUCACCAGUGGUACGCUCUCUUAGAGAUAUUUUGGGAGACGGCAUUCCUCCCCUACAGAUAGGCAAACUUUCUACAGCAAUUAACGGGAAGGAUGCUGAUGGUUCUCCCCAUACUCAGAAUAUUGAGUCUUCCAGUGACCAGUGUUCCACUGAUAAGAGCCCAGAAGAACAUAAACACAAUAUUUCAGGAAGCUCGAUUGAUUUAAGUACUGAUUCCGAUCCCCUUGAUGCUGAAACUGAAACAAUACCACAGACACCACAGAUGCCUCACUCAGAUAGUGUUGGCGACUGGGCCUCAAUUCAACAGCCUACAAAGGAGAAGGCCUUUCAAGUUCCAAGCGCAAAUACUUUGGAAUCUUUAAUAUUUGAAUUGUCAGUACCCCCAGUUGUACCCGCUAGUGACAUGUCUGAAGGGCCUAGCAAUGAUGAUAUACUAUCAACCUCAGCCACAGGCACCACCCCUACAAGUGUACAGCAGAUGCCAGGAUUACCCAUUAGUGCUGGAGCUUCUACAACAACGUCAACUACACACUAUACGCCAGAAGAACCUUUUGACAGAGGUUCUCCACAAGCUGCACCUUGUGACAAUAUUAAAAUUUCUGACAAACAGAAACCAUUCAACAUCCAGCAAUAUCAUCCUACCGCAUCCCCAGCUGCAGAUAACAGCCCUAUCAUGCAACAGAAUAAUACACCUCUUCGAGCUUCAAAUGAUCAGCUGUGGAUUUCCUUGAGUCUCCCUGAUGGACAGGGGCAUGUGAGCGCUCCUGCUGAACAAUCUUCUCAAGCUGUCUCAAAAUCAGCACAAGACACCGGUUCUGGAGCUGGAUCUGAGCCUCUUUCAGUGGAAACCCAGUCUAAUGGAAGAAAGGAACUUCCUGCGGACCUUUUUACUACAACCUACACAGGAGUCGCAGCGCCUGUUGCAGGUUGGCAAAAUGGUUCUCCUUAUGGCAUGGGAAUUGGCAUGCAGUAUUAUCCUAAUGCAAUGACGGUUCCAGCAUUUCCCAACUCAGCAAGACCAACAAACCCAUUUGACCUUAAUGAUGAAAGAACUCAAGUAGAAGCCCCACCAUUUCCUUCCAUGGCAUCUUUGCAAGGUGCACUGCCAAAUGUGUCAGCUGCUAGCCCCUUAUUAUAUACUUCCAGCCUUAGUACCCAGUUUUCAGGUGCAUACAUAGGGACACAAGCACAUAAUAAUAAUAUGCCACCAUCCAGAUCGCAAGGACUCAGUGGGAUUGGUAGUGAUGGUGUCUUUGGAUCCUUAAACACAGCUCAACAGUCAACUGGAAAAUACUCGGCUUGGAGCAGUCCAAAUCCUUUUUCUUCAAUGGGAAGAAAUCCUUUUGGAUAAGUUUAAGAACCAAAGUUCUUGAAUAUGAUUUGCCUAGUGAUCAGGUGGCUUAUUUCUUAUAUUUCUGCCUAGUGAUCAGGGGUAUUAGAACAUUGCAAAUGCUCAGACAAGUGCAUGGAUAAAUUCAUUUCACUCCAUCCUUUCAUAUGAUUUGCUGUCACCAUUUAUAAUACUACUGUACUGUAGCUAGAGCCUUUGAUUGCUGUAUGCAUGAAAUGAUGUACCUUUUAAUUAAUAAAAUUGAGAAGGAGAACCAUGGAAUGACUGUA